GCUAAACAACAAAAUCUACCGACAUGGUCCAAUCCCAAAGGGCUAAUUUCUUUAUUAUUAUUAUUAUUAUUAUUUUUUAACUUUUUAGUCUUUUAGGCAGAGAAGAAGAAGAAAGAGUGAAAAAAAAAGUCAGGUGGAAAUUAGCAUCAUCAUCAUCAUCAAUCAAAGUAUAAUUAUUAAGGAGUUAUUCAGAAGAAGAAGAAGACGACGCCGACGGCCUCAUUUCCAUCUCCAAAUAUUUCAUCACAGUUUUACGGUUAUUCAAACCGAACCCAAAUAAAAAAAAUUAUAAAAAAAAAAAAUUCGCCCCAAAGCAAAAACACAACAAGACAAGCGCAAACCCAAAAAAAGCCAAGAAGAUACAAACAAUGGAGGAAGUUAGUAUAGUAGCAGCUUUUUCUUCUUUAUUCUUCUUUGUUUUCACCCCCUUCUUCUUCUACUGAUUCUUCUUCCUCCAAAUAAUACCACCAUUGGAAUUGAAUCGAAAUUGAAUUGUUUGUUUGCCCCUUUUAAUAUCCCAGUUCUCAGAUUGUCUCUCGAUUCUUUCUUUGGUUUUGUUGAGUAAAAAAAAAAAAAAAGAAGAUGGCUAAGCCGACGACACCCGAUAAAGGGGUUCCGGAGACGAAAACCACUGCUUCUGAUGUAGAACUCAAGACGGAAUUGCGGAAGGCGGUUCAGAGUAUUGUGGAAGGAGAGGAUUACGCAUUGGAAGACACUGAUCGCGCCAUGCAGUCCUUGUCUUCUUUGAAACGAUUUCUGUCGAUGCGUUCCAGCCCAGAAAGUGUCUCCGUUGAUCUUCCGCCGCCAGAAUUUGUCUGCCCCAUUUCUGGAAAACUCAUGAGUGACCCUGUUGUGAUCGCCUCUGGUCAGACAUAUGAUCGGCCAUCUAUCCAAGAGUGGUUUGCAGAUGGAAAUCUAACUUGCCCCCAAACUGAGGAAGUUCUGUCCCACACCAGUCUCAUACCCAAUCUUCUGCUGAAGGGGUUGAUUGUCAGAUGGUGCAAAGAGAACGGAGCUGAUCUGCCUACCUCUCUCCUGGAUGUUGAAGGAGAUACGGCAACAGCAAAUGUUGGUCAUGCACACUUGAGUUCGGUGCUUGAUAGGCUUUCUUCCUUAUCUGUUUCUGAUAGAGCGAUGGCUGCAAAAGAGAUUAGGCAGCUAACUAAGAAGUCACCAGAUUUCAGAGCACUUUUUGGAGAGGUUACUGAUGCCAUUCCUAGAUUGGUUGAGCCACUUUCAUCAGGUAUUGCUGAGAAUGAUCCUGAUCUGCUAGAAGAUUUAAUCACAGCAUUAUUGAAUAUCUCUAUACAUGGAGAUAAUAAGAAGUUACUGGCAGAGAAUUCAGCUGUGAUUCCUUUAAUGAUUAAGGCCUUGAGGAUUGGAACUGUUGCAACAAGAAGCAAUGCCGCAGCAGCCCUCUUUUCGUUGGCAUCCCUGGAUUCUAAUAAGCAAAAAAUUGGGGAGCUCGGUGCUCUUAAGCCUUUGAUUGAGCUUGUGGAAGAAGGGCAUCCACAGGCAAUGAAGGAUGCUGCUACUGCGAUAUUCAGUUUAUGCUUAACUCGGGAGAACAAGAGCUUGGCUGUUGAUAAUGGAGCAGUUGUCAUCCUAAUGAACAAGAUCAGAGAGCAUGUACUCAUGGAUGAGCUGUUGUCAAUCUUAGCUUUGUUGUCCACCAUUCAGCAGGCAAUUGAUGAGAUGGCUGAGCUUGGUGCAGUGCCCCUUCUUCUUGAAAUUAUCAAGGAAAGCAAAAACGAGCGAAACAAAGAGAACUGCGUGGUAAUCCUUCAUACAAUAUGUUACAACCAUCGCCAGAAAUUGAGAGAAGUCAAGAGAGAAGAGGAUGCAAACAGAACUAUAUCUGAGCUAGCAAAGAGUGGAACUUCAAGAGCCAAGAGGAAGGCAAAUGGCAUUCUCGAUAGACUUGACAGAUUUUUCGCCUGUGCUUCAAGUUCAAAUACUGCUUGAAGCAGAAAAACCUUAGAUCAGUGUGUACAUUCUCAUUCCCCAAAUGUAAGUAUCAACUGCUUCAUUUUAGGCCCACAGAUCCCUCAGGUUGAAGUUUUUUAGAGCACACACACAAAAAUCCUAUUUCUAAUCUGUCCUGUCCUUACUGCACCUGAUCUACGGGAAUGUGCAAAGUGUUGAUGAUCCCAAAAUCCCAUUUUUUUGGAACUGAAGAUUCUGAAGGACAAAUGUUACUGACAUGGCAUGUGUAAUGAGGACAAAAGAGUAUAGUUUUUCUCGAUUUGGGUAUCUUCUGAAAUUGGGCAUAGGUUGCAGUACAAUACUGCUUGGAAAUUUUGGAAGCUGUCAAUACUGAAUCAUAGUUGUGCAUUCUGCAGUAAAAGUAUACCCUGUGACUAUUGAAUUGAUAGUGGAAUUUUGAUUACUUAGCCACUCAAUUUUUGUGAAAUCUUUUCUGUGUUCAUUUCUGAACUACUCCCCUGUUUGAGAAACCAGAAGUGAGUACUUUUUACUUGAAUUGGU